CCCAGCAACAGAAGCAUUCCGCCAGCUGCAAAAAUUUUUUAUUGAAAAUGGAUAUUUUGAAACCAGCAUGUUGUGGUACGCGGGUAAAUUUGCCAUUACUUUCUGUCUCCUGGCAUUGUCCUUUCUCUGCGUGAUAGCCAGCGAAAAGUGGUAUGUACACUACCUAGGGGCCUUUUUUCUUGCCUCUUUUUGGCAUCAGUGUGGAUUUUUCAUGCAUGAUUUCAUGCAUACCCAGGGUUUCCAUAAGGCCAAGAUUGACCGCUGGCUUGGAACUUUCUUCGGUACCGUGUGUCUUGGGGUGUCGGGGAGCUGGUGGAGAGAUGAGCACUUUAGCCACCACGCACUGACCAAUACAGUCAACCCAGAGACCAAAUGGAGUGACCCUCAGGCUCACGAGGCGAUAUUUGCUCAAAAUGAACGCCUUUUCCCAUUACACAACAGCCUCUUCGAAUACUAUGCAAUCAAAGUCCAGCACAUCACUUUCUUACCCACGUGCAUUUUGUUUGGUCGUGUGGCUAUCAUUCUGGACAGUUUCCGCGAAGAGAAAAAUGUGAGGGAAUGGGUAGCUUUUGUGAUCCACUGGACAUGGAUAUGUCUGUUGCUCUCGUUUCUACCAACAUGGUAUGAAUGCUUUGUGUUUUACAGCAUGGCAGCUAUUUUCGAAGGCGUCCUCCACAUCCAACUGCUUAUAAGUCACUAUUGCAAACCAUUUUACCUCGAAAAUGACAUAUGUACAACACAAAACUGGUACCGCAUGCAAGUGAUCUCCAACAUCAACAUCGUCAAUCCUGUUUGGAUGGACUGGUUUCAUGGCGGUCUCAACUUCCACAUCGAGCAUCAUCUCUUUCCCUUGAUGCCCAGACACAAUUAUCGCAAGGCCAACAAACACGUGAAACAUGUCUGCAAAGAGCUGGGAAUUACGUUCGACGAAUGCACGUGGUCGGAAGCUGUGAUAAGAACCAUCCAGCAUCUGAAAAAGAUGUCCACUCAUUUCAGUUUGAACCCAAAUUAAAAAAGAUUUAGUAGAAUAUUUUUAUUAAAAAAAUUUCAUGAAGUUAUUACGUAGAAUUGUUUUUUACUGUUUCAUUAUUUUGUGAUGCAUUGUACUUGCUACAUUUUGUGCAACCAGGGAUUUUGCAAGAAUAGAAGUAUUUUGGUCAAACCCCAAACCUAUUAGCAUGUUAGCUAUAAGCAUUAUAGUUGUCUUCUACAAUCAACAGUAGUAAGUUACAGUAUAAUUUUGUUAUGAUAUUACUAGUCAGUAAUAGCCGUGCAUGUUUUUAACAUGUACCUGGUCAUGCAGCAUAUUUGAGGCCAUUCAGAAUAAAAAAUCCGAGGAUCUUCUGAUCCAUUGGUCAAAUAGGGCAGACCCUACAUGAAAGAAGACCUGACUAAUCCAUUGAUGGUCUCCCCAUCUCCACAAGUGCCGUCCUUGCAGUAGUGUAGCAAUUAAACCCUGGAGCCUUGAUUUAAUCCGUUUAAUGGCUUGUGUGGAGGCGGGGAGACCAUCAGCAGAUUAGUCGGCUCUUCUGUCAUGUAGGGUCGGCCAUAUUUGAUCCGCGGAUUAGUUGAUCCUUGGAUCUUCUGUUCUAAAUGAGCCCCUUUUCCUCUCAUACCUUUACAGUAUACAGAACCACAGUCACAUUUAUCUGAUAACUCAUAUUUUUAUAUUUAAUCAUAUUGUUGGCAGCACAAAGUCCAAGUUAUUGAUUUGAAAAAUCUAAUCUGGCCAUCCAGAUUAUCUAAUUUAACUUUUGGAUAACAGAUUUGAAGAAUUAUGUUUUUCUGUGAGAGCAGACAGACUAUCUUCAUCAGAUUCACUUGUCCUACUUGACUUGUAUAAUUUAUUUAUUUAUUUAUUUAUUUAGUACAGGUACAUUUUGCAAUAACUAUGACCUGGCAAAUAUUCUGCAGAAGGCUAGUAUGAAGAUUAUAGAAAAAUAAUUAAGACAAUUUCCUUAGCAAUAUUUUGCGAGUCCUACAAUGGCAUGAGGAACUGUUGCUCAUUGAAACAGAGCAUUCCAGACAGUAUUGCCUCUAAAAUCCAUACACUUUUACACAGACAAUAGUUCUUUGAGUUAGUCCAAAACAGCUGUUAUGUGGGCACUUUAACCCAAUCCGAGACAGACCCAUCAAGGUGACACAUUUUAUAGCUCAGAUGUACUGAUUAUAAAUCCUCAUCUACUAGGAAUGUGAGAUGAUCUUCAUCCCACACUACUCAGAAUUUAUCAUAUGGCCUUGGUUCUGUCAGACAUGACAUAUUUUAGCAUUUGAUUCACUUAUUUCAACAAGUAUUCCAAUCACUUCAAGAUUGAUUAUAUUUAGCUACUCAGAAUUAACACAGACCAGAAAUCGCUCCUUUUAGACAACCAAAAUUUCAUUCCGUUUUGUGUGGGGAAAAUAUCAAUAAUUAAUUUUGUUCAAAUUUAUGGAGAGAUUACCGUAUAGUGAUCAAGUUAUCAGAGUCCUUGUGUACUUCACCUGCCAUCUGUUACCAAUUAAUCAGCUGAUUGAGAUUCUGUGUUCUACUGUGACAGCCAGUUCUCUCUCCUGGGAACACCUGUCUCACCUGAUGUAACUAUAACAGAUACCUCAGACUGAAACGUUAAACAAAAUCCAUAUUGAACCUCUUGUCACCCUCUAGUGAAUAUAGAGACAGUAGGGGCAUGCCAAAAAAA